AUGAAUGCCGCACCUUUACGGCGGCCUCUGGGCUGCCUUAAGAUGUUGCUGCGGCACUCAAGACAACAGAACAGGUCGUUCCGCCUCAGCAAGGCCCAGCUGCCUCGCGAAGUGCCUCCGGCGCCCAAGACGCCCACUCCCGCAUUCUUCCCCAUCCAAGACAAACACACACCAGGCAAGCUGCGCACCGGCUUCGCAGUCUACACCUCCCCGACAAGCGUCAUCCCCUCCCUCAAGCUCACACACCCACACCUGAAGCCACCGCCGCCGAACCCCGUGGCGGCGCACCACGCCUACCAGAUCCGCAAGAUGGACCCGUCGGGGGCGCGGACGCGGCUGUUCAGCAAGACGAACCCGGACAGCGCGCGGGUGGGCGACGUCCUGCUGGUGACGACGAAGCGGGCGGCGGAGCCCUUCGCGGGCGUGUGCGUGAGCAUCCGGCGGCGGGGGAUCGAGUCGUCGGUGCUGCUCCGGGGCCAGCUGGCCAAGACGGGCGUCGAGAUGUCCUUCAAGGUCUACAGCCGCAACGUCACGGGCAUCGAGAUCAUCAAGCGCCGCACCCGCCGCGCCCGCCGCGCCCGCCUCACCUACCUGCGCAAGCCCAAGCACGACGUCGGCAGCGUCGAGCACCACGUGCGCGAGUGGCGCCGAAACAGGAACGUCUUUGCCAGCGCCGUCGGCAAGGGCAAGAGGAAGCAGAAGAAGAGGCAGACCGAGUGGUAG